GUGUCAGCCAGCACAACCAACUGCCAAGUCAGUCCCUCAUCUGUGUUUCGUGUGUGUGUGGUUUUGGGCUCCGACCUUGCCAGAAAAAAGCAGACCCCUCAGUGCCUUUUGCUGCUUUCGUUAAAACACGUGUGCAUACAAGAAAAACAGAAAAUGAAUCGUUUCAGUGCGAUUUUCAUGCUCGUUAGUGCAUCGCUCGUGUGUGCUGAACCGCCAGUUCAUGGUGGAUACGGCCAUGGUCACGGUCAUGGUGGUGGUGGUGGCGGUGGAUACGACGAUGGCGGCUACAUCGCGGUUAGCCCAGGUCAUCAAACGUCCGAGGGACUGCACGUGGACCACAGCCUGCUGCACAAGGUGAAGGAGGCGCUGCUGGAGCACGAGAACUCUGGAUCGCACGGCGGCGGCUACUCUGGCUCGCUGUCGACCGCUUACGGACCACCGUCGGGAUCGUACGGACCACCGUCCCCGGUUUACGGUGUACCGUCGUACUCGGGCCACGGACACGUCAAGACCACCGGCAUUGAGCUGGGCCACGUUCAGCAAGGCAUCCAGGUCGCCGAGUACUACAAGGCCGCCCACGGUCCAUCUUACUCGUCGUACGCCGCCCCAUCGUACUCGUCUCACUCAUCCUCAUCAUCGUACUCGGCACCUUCCUACUCAUCUCACUCCUCCUUCACGCCAUCGCACGGCUACUCGUCGGGAGGCUCGGCUUACUCUUCCUACUCGGCACCAUCUGUAUCGUCCCACUACUCUGCACCAUCUGUAUCCUCUCACUACUCUGCUCCAUCUGUAUCUUCUCACUACUCUGCUCCUUCCGUUUCAUCUCACUACUCUGCACCUUCCGUAUCAUCUCACUACUCUGCACCAUCUGUAUCCUCUCACUACUCUGCACCGUCGCAUUCUUCCUCUUCCUUCUCGGGUCUAUCCUCUUCGUACGGUGCACCUUCGCUCUCCUCCAGCUACGGUGCCCCGGCCGUCUCUUCUCACUACUCCGCACCGUCCUUCUCGUCUCACUCGAGCGGUUCCUACUCGCUUGGCUCAUCGCACGGCUCAUCCCACGGCUCAUCGCACGGCGGUUCGUCGUUCGUUGCCAUCCCAUCGUCCUCGUACGGUGUGCCGUCGUUCGGUUCGUCUGGACACCAUCAUCGCCCGUCGCACAGCUCGAGCCACUCGUACUCGUCCUACCGUCCGCCAUCCUCCUCGUACGGACCGCCGCGCCCAACCUACGGUGUGCCGCACCAUCACUAAACACGAUCUUCCACAAAUCGUAUCAUCCAGCGUCCAGCAGCCAGCACAGUUGCUGCCGGGCGUGCCGUCAUCUAAGUCAGUUCUAGCAUCUUCGCCUUCAUUCGCACCACCCAUCAACUCGUAGGCUUAGUACAACACUUUCACAACGCACCUCAUCUACCCAAAAUACGUUGUUCGUUUUGUUUACAUUGUGUACAGAGUGCAUCGCGAUCGAUGUUUUAUAAUAAAACAAGAGUUACUUACAAAUGAAA